AUGGCUAGCUGUCCCGACGCAAACAAAUAUUUUCCAAUCAAAAAAAGUGUGGCACUUCCGGCCGGAACUUUGAAAGGAAAAAUCGCGCUGGUAACCGGUGGUGGAACGGGUCUUGGAAAAGCGAUCGCCACAACUUUCGCGACUCUUGGAGCAAGUGUUGCGAUUGCAGCGAGACGAGUUAAUGUGCUUGAGGAGACGGCCAAAGAGAUUCGACAAUUGACUGGGGGAAUUUGUGAACCGUUUCAUCUUGAUGUCAAAGAUCCGGCGAAAGUUACCAAAACUUUUGAUGAAGUUACAGCGAAGUAUGUUUGAAUUUUGAUUUUUUUCAGCUAGGGGGUCUGAAAUUUUGUUUAUUUUCAAAAGUUCUCACAAUUUUCGUGUGUCUUCAAAAAUUAUCUCAUAAAAAAUUGAAAAAUUUUUGAAACAGUGAACAUUAAAAUGCCAAGUUAUCCCAAAAUUAUUAAAAAAUGAUUGCUCAUUUUCAGAUUUGGAAAACAUCCAGACAUUCUUAUCAACAAUGCAGCUGGUAAUUUUAUAAUGGCAACCGAGCGACUUUCUCCAAAUGCUUAUGGCACAAUUGUUGAUAUUGUAUUAAAAGGAACCCUCCACGUCACCACCGAACUCGGCCGUCGUUGCAUCAAAUCAAAAACUGGUGCAUCAGUUGUCAGCAUCACAACACCAUAUGCUCGUUCGGGUGCUCCAUUCGUCGUCCCAUCAGCAGUUUCGAAAGCCGGUGUUGAAACGAUGACAAAAUCAUUGGCCAAUGAAUGGGCAAAAUAUGGUUUGAGAUUUAAUGCGGUUGCUCCUGGACCAGUUCCAACAAAGGGAGCAUUUGGAAGAUUGGGUUUGGGAAGUGUUGAGGAUACUGCAAAUAUAUUUAAAGAGGCGGUUCCUGCUGGAAGAGCUGGAACACCGGAAGAAGUUGCCAAUUUGGUUGCGUUUAUUUCGUCGGAUUUUAUGAGUUGGAUGAGUGGAGCUGUGAGUUUUUUGAAUUUGGGGUACUGUAUGUUUUCUGACAAUUCCUAGAUUUAGGUUACUGUAGGUGAAAAAACUAUUGAAAAUAGCAUAGUUAUGAAAAAGGAUUACUGUAGCUAGAAAAUUCCCUAGAGAUUGGAUUACUGUUGUUCGAGACACAUUUUGAAAAAUAGGAUUUCUGUAUGGAUUACUGUAGCUAUAAAAUACCCUGAAAAUUGGAUUACUGUAGUUGGAAUAUCCCUAAAAAUUGGAUUACUGUACGAAUUACUGUAGCUAUAAAAUACCCUGAAAAUGGAUUGAACUACGGUAGCUGAAAAAUUCCCAAGAAAUUAAAUUACUGUAGUUUUUUCAGAGUACAGUCUGGAGGAUUACUGUGGACAAAAAAUACCCUGAAAAUUGGAUUAUUGUAGUUUGUCAAGAUAAAAUUGAUGCCCAAAAAAUAGGAUUACUGUAGUUCAAAAACACUUUCCAGAUAAAAAUAGGACUGAUUUAGUUGAAAACUAUUUGAAGACUACUGUAAAAGAUUACGGUAAAAGUUUCCCGCCAAAAAAAUUACUGUAAUUUUUGCAGAUAAUUGAUUUGGAUGGUGCUCAACAAUAUAUGCACCAUGGUUCUUCAAUGGGUGAAUAUCUUCACGAUCUUGAUGAAGAAGGCUGGAAAGAAACUGAGAAUACGAUUCGUGGAAGAACCGGAAAGAAAAGUAAAUUGUAA